GGGUUAGAAGAUAAAGCAGCAGAGUAUAUGAGUAUACUUUAAUAAGGUAUAUUGCUCUUUGUAGCCUCUCAUCAAACAGGUUGAAGACAUAAUUUAAGGUAAGAAGCAGCAAGAAUGGCAAGAACAGUGGCGAGGAAUUUGGCAGCUCCGUUGCUGUUUAUCAAUUUGAUUAUGUAUUUCAUUGUGUUGGGCUUUGCGAGUUGGUGCCUCAAUAGGUAUAUCAAUGGUCAAACUGCUCAUCCAAGCAUGGGAGGGAACGGAGCGACGGGCCAUUUCCUGACCUUCGCCAUACUAGCAGCUGUUCUCGGAAUAGUUUCAAAGAUUGCCGGCGGCAGCCAUCUCAGAGCAUGGCGGAACGAUAGCCUCGCUGCUGCCGGCUCCUCUUCCAUACUCGCUUGGGCUGUUACCGCCCUCGCUUUCGGGUUGGCAUGCAAGGAGAUAAACAUAGGAGGGUGGCGAGGGUGGAGGCUGAGGGUGUUGGAAGGUUUCGUUAUAGUGCUGGCGUUCACGCAACUGCUGUAUGUCCUACUACUCCAUGCCGGGUUUUUCAGCAGCAGAUAUGGACCCGGGUACAGAGACCGGGAGUACGGCAUUGGCGCUCCGGCGGCAGAGGCGGAGCCCAAAGGCGGCGCCACUGGUGUUAGGGUUUAGGCUCAUGAAGUGGAGACAGACUCUCUAAUAUUAGGGUAUGAGAUUAGAGAGGAUAGAUGUGUGUAGGUAAUGGUGUAUGUAGCCUGAAAUGUGUUGAUCUUUUGCUGUCUUUUUUCAUGGAUGGUUGUGAAUCUGUGCGUUGUGUAGCUAAGACAUUGAUGGUAUGCAAGCUUUUUACAUUCUUUGACUGC